UGUUUCUCCUCGUGUUGUUGUUUUGCUUUCUCCAUCAGAUUUUUACUCCUUGUGCAAGGAAAAGAAAAACGCUUGAUCUUGCCUGAAGAAUAAUGUCUUCACCCAACAGAGAUCAAGAAAGCGAUGCACUGGCUCUGCUGGCCCUCAAAGCCAGCAAAACUUCGCCUGUUUCUGCGAGUAAGCCAUUGUGGUUUGGUGUAAACAAUAUCACUCCGAUAGCAAAGCUUGAAGGACGUGAAUUCGAAUAUCUUGUCCGUCAAAAUCGAAUCAUUAUCGGCCGCAAUAGCAGCCUUGGAAGCGUCGAUGUAAACAUGGGACAUUCUAGUUUCGUUUCUAGAAGGCACUUGGAGAUUCGUUAUGAAAAUGGUAAUUUUUACCUGUCUUGUAAUGGUAAAAAUGGAAUAUUUGUUGACGGCGUUUUUACCAGACGAGGUGCUCCUCCAUUGAAACUCUCGCCCGCCUGUGUGUUAAGAUUCCCUUCGACCAACGUUAAAAUACGUUUUACCUCGCUGUUGAAUGAUGGUGUUCCUCGACGAGUACCAAGUCCCCCCAAAACAAAGACCCAGCUAGCACCUUUGAAAAUAAACAUUCCAGAUCACGAUGCUUCAUUUUCUUCGCCAAUCCCUUCUCCAACCGGGACAAUAAGUGUUCCCAACUCAUGUCCUGCAAGCCCAAGCAAUUCUAGGGAAGAUCACAAGUUUGUCAGUAAUUUACGAGCUGUUGCAGAAUAUGCAGCUAACGUUUCACAUGCCACCAGUAAUUCCAGCUCUGUGUCAUUGGAUUCCAAGAUGGAAUCAAAUGCUGAUGGGGGCAAUAAAGAGGAUGGCAAGCCACCAUACUCAUAUGCACAGCUUAUCGUACAGGCAAUCUUGACAGCACCUGACAAACAAUUAACCCUCAGUGGUAUAUAUGCGCACAUAACUAAGAAUUAUCCCUAUUAUCGCACAGCGGAUAAGGGCUGGCAGAACUCCAUUCGUCAUAAUUUAUCAUUGAAUCGCUACUUCGUAAAAGUGCCUCGUGCGCAAGAUGAGCCAGGCAAGGGAUCAUUCUGGAGAAUAGACCCAGCUUGUGAGCAGAAGUUGUCAGAACAAGCCUUUAGAAAACGAAGGCAGAGGGGUGUCCCUUGUUUCAAGCCACCCUUUGGUGUAGCAUCUUGCAGGUCUGCUCCAGUCUCACCCACCCAUGGUCUUCGAUUGCCACCUCCAUCAACACCACCCGCAACACACUCCCGUGAGUCAUCACCGACAAAAACAGUACCACCACCUACAUCUGGGGAAUCCACGCCUCCUAUCUUCUCUUCCAGCAUAAACAACACUGUGAUGUCCUCUCCCAUUGCUAGGCAUGCUAUCCCAGUCCAAAACCUUCAAGCUAUUCCAGCCAAGUUUGCAUUGCAUCAACUCCCAGCAGCAAAACUCAUCCCAGCUGCUGCUUUCCCAGUCAGCGUCAUUAAGUCUGCUGGGGAAGCAACUAAACAAGUAGAUGGGAAUGAGCCAGAAAAGAAUGGGCUGUCACAGUCGUCAGGAGAAGAAUCUCCCACUGAGAGCCCUAAAGUGGUUUCCCUUGACAACAAACAACAAAUGUCAUCAUCACUGAAAAGUAUUCCUGCAGUAUCAUUGGUUGUUAGCUCAGCUGGUGUCCUCACUCCUGCACCCACUCCUACCAAUGUGUCGCCAACUGGCCAAGAACCUAUCGCAAAACCAAGACUCCCAGCACCGUUAGUCGUCACUAGCAUAGCAACAUUGACCCCAGAGUCCUCUCCGCUUGGUGUCCUCUCACCUUCUGCUACCACUGCUGCUGUUUCCAUGGUGAUGAAUAGUGCCAAGCGCAUGCUUAACCCUAGUAUGCAUGCAGGACAUGGCAAUCAAGAGCCUGAGGCUAAAAAGUUUAAAGCUGAAGCUGAAAUAAUACCCAAGGAAAGUCCAUCAGAAUGAAAUGCUUCCAACAAGGCUUCUUAAUUCAUCUUUCAUUAAUUAUCUGCUGUAGGAAUUGGAUUCCAUGUCUUGAUAGUAAAGCUGAGUGUGGCUGGCUUUAAUUUGUUUUACAGAUAAAUAGCUCUGUGAGCUGUGGAAACCUUAAUAGUGAUGUGCCAAUGACUUUACUCCUGUACUUACUAACAGACAAUUGCCAUAUAUACAUGGUGAUGGAAAAGGCUUAAGACAUUGAACAUGAAAAAACCUGCUUGCUCUAUAUGUAAUAUAGAGUAUCUAAUGGUAAGAAAAUAUGUGCAGGCGCAACAAGAAUCACACUUAAAUAUAUUAAAAGUGUGUAAAGUAUACCAUGUACAGGAUCUAGAGAAGACAGUAUAGCAAGAUGCAUGCCAUGGAUAUAUGGAAACUCUUUGUGGUGGUGGACGCUUGUCCUUGCACACCAUUGACAUUAUUAACCCCAAUUGCCGAGUUUCCAUGGGAACAAUGGAGACAGAUCUAUUUGUUCCAAAGAAAAGUUUUCCUGUCCUGUGGACUUUGUUUUAAGACUCGGCUUUUGAGUCUGCAUGAAGACACAUUCUGAAAGUCAUUUGAAGAAGAAUUCACAUGCCAAAGUGAAAUGACAAAUCAGCUUUAAUUUGAAAAGUGGACAAAAAUAUAGGUGUAUAUUGUUGUGUUCCUCUCUUAUACAUUAUCUUCAGUAAAUCACCCACUAUAUCAAAACAACUUUUUGUACCUCAUCAACCAUGAAGUUUAUAAAAGUUGUAAAACGAUUAAUACCUAUUAUGCAUCUCAUUCUGCCAUUUUCAGAUGCAUCUUAAGUAUUUAAAGCCAUUUUUUAAAUAUGACUAUAAUAACUUAUCCUUUUUUGGCACUUUAUUUCUAGUAAUAGGUAGUUACAGAUAUAUUUUUUUUAUUUAGCUUUCUCUAUAAAACUUAAAGCUGGUGAUUUAUUUGCAGGUUUAAAGGGAGGAGCACUGACAAUUUCCAUCCAAAAACAAAAAAUAAGGGAAUGAACUUUUAAAAAAGUAAUGUUAAAGAUAAAGUAUGUAUGGGCCAUUAUGUUUUCUUGAAAUAGAAUUGUAUUAACGAGUUUGUGCAAAGUUUAAGUCAAUCAUGCAAAACAUGGAACGUGGACACUCAAUGUUUGCAUUCGUGUAGUACCUGAAUCAUCACUAUUUAAAAAUUUACCAUGUCACACAAAAAAAGUGAAGAUUUUGUUGCAAUGUUUCUAACCAAGCUUGAAAUGUAUUGUGGAACAUGUAUAUCAGUACAGAAGAAUAUACACCUAUUUCAAAGAACGUUGUCUUCGCCUAAAGGGAUAGGCAAAAAGUAAUAGGAGAUAGGUCAUUCCAAGAUCCAAGAAUAGCUGGAAUGACUUGUUUUUCUGCUGCUUAUUCUCAUCAAGAAUAUGGACCUUAGUGUUGAGACUGAUUCAAUAUUCCUUGUUUUCAACGAAACCAUUUCUGUCUCGGAAAAACCUAUCGCCUUUGACGAUGACAACGUUUUUUAAAAUAGGUGUAUACUGGAAAAAGGUGCAGAGGCAAAGUUUGAGAAAAUUCCAGAUAUUGUUGUGACCUCAAUGCAAUUCGAGCUUGGCAUGAAACAAGCAAAACCUUAAUCUACCCAUUUUAAUAUAUAUAUUCACGAGUUUCUUAGUUUAAUAACGAAGGCCUUCUUCAAAGACAUGUCUAAUACCCACUCGCUAUUGAGAAAACAUAAUGGCUCAUCUUAAGAUACCCUUGAUUCAAACUUAUUUGCAAGUGAAGAUUUAGGUGUGCAUUACCAAAGAAAAUUUAAAAUCUCCUUAAGAGUAAAAUAGGUUUAGACAGUAAUAUUUAUAGUUAUGUAGAUUGUAUAAGUACAAUUAUUGUGUAGGAGUCCAUUUAAAGGAUUUACUGGGCUGGUGAUAUCCUUGUGCUCAGUGUUCAUUGAUUGUCUUGCAUUGUGAGACGUAUUCUGUGAGAUCGAUAAUCGUCAGUGUUAUAACAUGUCAGUAGUAAUUCUCAUUGAAUCACUGUCCAAAAUUGAAUCAGAACGAUAUAAAAUACAACUUGCUUAA